GUGAAGUGAAUUCACAUCCCAACGAAGGAAGGAAGGGACAUAGCAUAUACUAUGAUUCUUCUCCUUCUCCUCCACACAAGAACCCACCGUCUCCCUCUGCUCCGUUCAUAACAAUCAAUGGCUUGUACAACACUCCACCUCUCAACCCCAUUCUCCCAACUCCACCCAACGCUCAAACCCAAACUCCACAACCUCCCCACACCCUCCCUCCUCCUCAAACCCUGCAAACUCCGAACACUCACCGUAACCUCCGUCGACGUCUCCAAAGAAGAGACGCCGGCCGAGGACCUGGACCCCCGGCGACUGGAGGAGAAAUUCGCGGUCCUCAACACUGGGAUCUACGAGUGCCGCUCCUGCGGCUAUAAAUACGACGAGGCCGUGGGCGACCCUUCCUAUCCCCUCCCGCCAGGGUUCCAGUUCGAGAAGCUUCCCGAUGAUUGGCGCUGCCCCACGUGCGGGGCCGCGCAGAGCUUCUUCGAGAGUAAGAGCGUUCAGAUUGCGGGCUUUGCGCAGAACCAGCAGUAUGGGCUUGGGGGAAACUCCCUCACUUCGGCUCAGAAGACCAUCCUUAUAUACGGCACUUUGUUCUUUUUCUUUGCGCUCUUUUUGAGUGGCUACUUUCUACAAUAGUGUAUUGCUGAUGCCUAUUUAUUCACGCUAUAUUAUGUAUCUCCUUCUACUUCAAUGCUUUGUUGCUAAACUCUCUAUGUAAAGAAUGCGCUCUCGUAUUUUUUGGUUUUUCCAAUGCGCCUCUGCUGCCUUCUGGGAAACUAGGCUACCCAAGCUUUUCUCGUUUUGGUCAAUCAAGGAUGAGUUAUUAUAAUCCAAUUCUCACUAUUUCUUAUCA